GACUCAUCAUGUCCGCGAAGUUGAACAGCAACAUUGCUGACAGUAUUUUAAAAAAGGUUAAUAAUGAGGUCGAACCAGUUGCAGUGCUCACUUCUUUCAGGUUUUCUAAAGAGAAAACACCUCUCAAAGACUUUGGAUUUGUAAAUUCACCACAGAUGGCUGAAGACUGUCAAUUCACUGUGGAGGAUCUACAUUGUCGCUUAUGCUUUGAGGUCUUCGAUGUCCCAGUUACACUGAGUUGCAAACAUAGCUUUUGCAAAACCUGCAUUCAGGCACACUGGGACUGUAGAGGAAUACUGCAAUGUCCUCUGUGCCACUGUACAGAGCGCUCAUCCAGACCUCCAAUCAAUCUGGCUCUAAAGAUAGCCUCGGAUGUCUUCAAAAAGAAGCAGGAGCACUUCAGGGUUAAAUCGGUGGAGUUUUGCUCAAUGCACAAUGAGGAACUGAAGCUUUUUUGUCGGAAAGAUGCAGAAUUUAUCUGUGUUGCUUGUACGUCAUCAAGGGGUCACAGAAAUCAUGAUUACUGCCCAAUAGAAGAGGCAACAUCGGAAAUAAUGAAAGUGCUCACAACUAGGUACGAUCCUUUGAAAAAACAUCUAACCACUUUUAAAAAGUUAAAGGGGAGCUUGAAGGAACUGGAAGAAUACAUACAGAAACAAGCAGCUAAAACUGCAGCAGAAGUAAAACAAGAGUAUGAAAAGUUAUAUAGAAUCCUGAGGGAAGAGGAGGCAGCUCGACUCAUGGUGCUCCAAAAUGAGAGCGACAGCAAGACCGAGGUGGUGAGAGAGAAACUGAAGGAGGUCAAUAAGAGCAUUGAAGAGCUCUCUGACAUCAUCAACUACAUAGAACCCAUCAUAAUAGCAGAUAAUCGGACAUUUUUAAAGGAAUGUAAGGAGGCAAUAAGACGGACUAGCUACAUUGUACCUGAACCAGAAUAUCCAACAAGGGCACUUAUUGAUGUGUCUAUGUACCUGGGAUCAUUAAAGCAUGGGGUCUGGAAAAGAAUGGAAAAUGAUGUCAGCUACUGCUCUGUCCAUUUUGAUCCAAACACGGCACAUCCUAACUUGAUCAUCAGAGAUGAACUCACCACCAUCAGUUAUGGGGAAAAACAGCAGGUUCCAGAUAACCCUGAGCGCUGCAUGGGCAGCAUGGCAGUACUUGCUGCUCGCAGCUUCAAUUCAGGAAAGCAGCGCUGGUUUGUAGAGGUGGCACACUGCAAAGAGUGGUACGUUGGAGUGGCACGAGAGUCCAUAAAGAGAAAGACUGCAGUUUACCUCAGUCCAGAAGAGGGUUUCUGGGUAAUUGCAUAUAAUGAGGAAUCCUAUUGGGCUCAGACCUCUCCUCGCACUCAACUGACUCUGAAAAAGAAACCACAGGUAAUCACAGUUGAACUGGACUAUGACAAAGGAAAGGUUUCUUUUUCUAACACAGCAGAUGGUGCCAGUAUUUACACAUUUAAAGGGAAGUUUACUGAGAGAAUCUUUCCUUAUUUUGCCGCUGGGAUAAAUGAGGGAAACACGCUUCGAAUAUGUGCACUUUAAUGUGUCAGUAAUGCGGUACAAAUAUGUAAAUAUGUAACCAACAUUAAUGUUAAGGUCACAUUUCACCCAAAAUCAGAGGGGGAAAAUUAAGCUUAUUUUAGGAUCAUUUGUGCAUUGUGCCAUUUUUAUGAGGCCAUAUUUUUUUAUUAACAUUAUUUUCAAGAGUUGUUAUUUAAUUUCCAUUACAUUAAUACAGCAGGUUUUACAAACACCUUAAAUCAAGAGUUUUUGUAAUAGGAAGCUUUCCUGUUUUAGCCAGUAUUUGAGUUUGUGACAUUUAAUCCUUUAAGGAUAUUUCUAUUUUGUAACUAUUUACUUGAGCUAAAUGGUUAUUUCUGAUUCAGAACAUUGCAGAGCUAUUUUUAGGGUAAGCAUUUCAAGCAGAGUAUCAUCUACCUGAGUCAUCUGCAACAAGUCACACAGGACGGACAGCCAAAGAAGACUACAACUACUGUACUUACAGUAUUACAAAUAUGCUUCAAACCAUGCUCUUAAAUGGGCAUUAAAAAACUUUAGAUAACAUAUUAAAAUGUGUUUUACACCACUUUGAACCGUACAAGGCCUCCUAAAUUGAACCCAUUACAAGAACCUCAAUGGUAGAGAAAAGGAAUAUGGUAAAGCAACAAUUCUUAAUCUACAUAACAUGUAAUGAUCUUUAACCAUGGUCUUAUUUUACCAUGGUGCUCUAAGAAAGAUUUAUUUCCGCCGACUAUCAUCAGAUGUUUAUGUAUGAGUGAUUCUAUGUUUAGUAAAAUCUACAAUUUAUAUUGCAGUUCUUCAUCAGAAAACCUUUUGUUUGCCAUUUCUCAGUUCACUUAGUUUUGUCCAAUGUAUAGGCCAACAUCUGUAAUGAAAAAGACAAACUAAAUAAAAUAUAAUCCUAUUGUUCAAGUUUCUGAACAAAACAACCAAUGCAAUGGUAUCACACACAAACAAGUGCAAACCAGACCCAAGUUUGUGGCAAACCAAGUGGCAUUAAAAGCAUUUCAAGUGGUUAAAAAAACAAGCAUUAUGUAGUGCCACAUCAUUUAUUGUCAUAGGACUUGUGUGUUUUAGAAAUACUACCCUUUGUAAUGCUCCUUCUAAUGUGUUCAGCAUGCAAAUCCUCCACUAACUGCCUCCAUGGAGCUCGCAAUGCCACCUAAGUCUCUUAUGUCCUCUUGUGGACAGAUGUACUAUACACACAGAGACACCGGGCUGUAGUAGUAGGAGACUAAAUAUAUUAAAUGGACCCAAUCCAAAGCUUUGCUUAGCCUGUGCUCUUCAGA